AUGCACGAAUAUGUUGUUCGGAGACAGAUCAGAAUACUGGAGAAUAUGGAGAAAAUAUGCAACUGGAUGGCCGAGAUUAGGAGGCCUACAAGCAGGAAGGAUAGGAUGGCUAUAAGAUACAUCAGAGGCAUUUUAAAGAGGAAGUACAAGAAGUAUAAGAGACUUGGAGUUUUAAAUAUUGAGGGAAAACUCGGAAGAGAGAUAGAGAGGCUUAAGGACUUCAAAUACUACGAAACAAAGGCACACAGAGAGGUGGAGAGUGUAUUCAAAGACUCAAAGUUCUAUGGGGCUAGACUGGAGCUGGAGGGGAUCUUCAAGAAAUACAUGGAUGUUCAUCUAUGCAAUAAUUACAAGAAGUUCUUGAAGAGUAUCCACAAGUUCAAUGUGGACAAGUCCAGAUUCAGGUAUAUAGAGUAUCUAAAUGAGUUGAACGAAUACUUGAGUGGAGUGAUCAAGAUCAAGUAUCUUGGGGAAUUCAGGAAAUUUAUUGCCUCUGCACCAUCCAUCAUUGAAAGGGCGGAAGCACAUAGUUUUUGUGAGAAAGGCUAUAUGGAAGGAGUGUUUCCAAAAGUAUACUGUAUUGCAUGUUCGAGGGAGAUUUCUAGAAAUGUGUUUGUGCACCACCUGAAGGGGAAGAAACAUUGCAAGAAAGAGAAGGAGGAGAUUCUACUUUGUAGCAUGCCUGUUUUGAAGGCUGAAGGGCUGGUUGUGAAAGCACUUGAAAUCCUGGACAGAGAAAGAAGGCACAGCAUUUCUAGGUUUUCCGGGAGGGAGAAAGAUAUAAGAAACGAUGUUCCGAAAUGGUUGUACAAGAAAAGGGAGCUGGAUAUAUUGUUUGAAUGUGAUAUUUGUGGGUACUCUGGAUAUGGGCGCAGCAGUUUUGAUAGGCACUUUGGGGAAGAUAUCCAUGGAAGAGGUGUCUCCAAGUAUGGAAUCAAGUAUUCUCCUGUAUUGAAGGGAAUCACAAGAGUUGGAAUUCUCAUGAAGAUGAAGGAUAGAAUGGAAGAAUCAGAGAGCUUUACGGAGGAAUUUGAGGAUGAGGACGGAAACGUAUUUGAUAAGAGAACAUAUGAGGAUCUGAGAAGAAACAACCUCAUCUAG